GCCCAAUCUGGCAACACUGGUCACAUGUCAGGAGAGGAUGACGCGGAUGACCGCGAAGACAAGAUGGCGGAUUGUGAUGAACUCUCGAGCUUCAAGUGUUGUUGGACCCAGCUGGAGUGUUCCUGAACCCCGCAUUCUGCUGAGGGACUCGAGGUGUCUCGAGAACCGCUGGAGCCCCGGAUAGUAGCUCACUGCCCCCCUCCCCCCGGGAUUAAAGACCAGGCUGACCCUGACCCCAUCUGCUGACCCCUGACCCCAUCUGCUGACCCCGUCUUCUGACCCCUGCCCCCCCGGACCCCGUCUCCUGGCCCGGUUUCAGCUAGGUCUGCAGUGUUGUCCCAAGGAGCUGGGAGUUCAGGGAACCCGGAUAUUUCUACAGGAGUCCCCUUGUCUCGGUGUUGCUCCAGUGUGACGAGCUGGUGACCUCCUGGUGACCUCCUGGUGACCUCCUGGUGACCUCCAGGACCAGCAGCAGGAUGAACCUCCAGCAGCCGGCCCCUCUCCCGCCCCCCGUCCACCCUGACGUGCAGAUGAAGGCGCUGCCGUUCUACGACGUGCUGGACGUGCUGAUCAAGCCCUCCAGCCUGGGAGCGAGCACAGUCCAGCGCUACCACCAAGAGAAGUACUUCAUCUUCGCCCUGACGCCGCAGCAAGUACGAGAGAUUUGCAUCUCCAGAGACUUCCUCCCAGGAGGCCGGCGGGACUACAUGGUUCAGAUCCAGCUGAGGUUUUGUCUGUCUGAGACCAGCUGUCCUCAGGAGGAUAACUAUCCCAACAGCCUGUGCAUCAAGGUCAACGGGAAGCUGUUCCCCCUGCCGGGUUAUGCCCCGCCUCCUAAGAACGGCGUGGAGCAGAAGCGGCCAGGAAGGGCGCUCAACAUCACCUCCUUGGUACGCCUGUCGUCGGCCGUGCCCAAUCAGAUCUCUGUGACCUGGGCACCGGAGAUCGGAAAGACCUACUCCCUGUCGGUGUAUCUGGUGAGGCAGCUGACGUCGCCGCUGCUCCUCCAGAGGCUGAGGAUGAAAGGCAUCCGGAACCCCGACCACUCCAGAGCUCUGAUCAAAGAGAAGCUGACCGCAGACCCGGACAGCGAGAUCGCCACCACCAGCCUCCGCGUGUCCCUCAUGUGCCCGCUGGGGAAGAUGCGGCUGACCGUGCCAUGCCGGGCCCUGACCUGCUCCCACCUGCAGUGCUUCGACGCCGCACUCUACCUGCAGAUGAACGAGAAGAAGCCCACCUGGAUCUGCCCCGUGUGCGACAAGAAGGCCGCCUACGAGGGCCUCAUCAUCGACGGCCUGUUCAUGGAGAUCCUGAACGACUGCUCUGACGUGGACGAGAUAAAGUUCCAGGAGGACGGGACCUGGUGUCCCAUGAGGCCCAAGCAGGAGGCGCUGAAACUGUCCUCCCAGUGCAUCCCCAAAGUAGAAGCGUCGGCCCCCCUGCGCCCAAGCCCGGCGGUGGUGUCGGUCUGCUCAGAGCCGUCCUCGCCUUCCACCAAGAAGGCUGACGUCAUCGACCUCACCCUGGACAGCUCGUCCUCCUCUUCCUCAGAGAACGAGGAGGAGGAGGAGGACCCCCCCCCUAAGAAACGCUGCCUCUACAUGACCAAGACUGAGGACGUGCACGGCAAGGGAGUGUUGACCUACCAGCCGUCGUCGGUGCGAAUGCCCACCGUGCCCAGUCUGGAUGCGCCCUACCUGAGCUCCACCCUGGCCGACUACGCUGUGCCCUUCCACCACUCCUCCCUGGCCUCCAUCCCCACAGACAUGCAGAGUCUGGAUCUGUUCUCCCUGAUUCAAGCAGAUUCCCAGCACUACCGGGCCCCCAUGUUCCUGGACACCCUGUCCGGGGGGCUACCCGGCGGGGGGGCCAGCGGCUCGGCCCUGGUGACCUCGUCCAGCACACGCUACGAGCCCGGCCUCCAUGGGGGGGCGGGGCUCCACGGGGCGGGCCCCCCCCCCCACGAGACCUGCGUCAUCACCGGGGGGGGCGGGGGGCCUGGCAGCAUCUCGGACAUCAUCUCCCUGGACUGAGCCGGACCCCCGGGCCCGGAGGAGAGCUGGGCCUGGGCCCUGGACUCACCCAGACCCCCGGGGCCCGGAAGA